AUGUCCUCUCGGUCUCUGUUCUUCCUUGAGAAGGACCUAUUUCCAGGAGCCACCUUCGACUUGCAAUUCAAGCGAUCCAUUCCCAAACACGCUGACCUCCUCCCUCGCCGCGUGGCCGACACCCUCCCCUUCUCCUCCAACAAGCUCCCCGACGUCCUCGCGCUUUUUUCCGUCGACCCUAACUCGAAGGAAGCCCGGGAUAUGAGUGCGACCCUGGAACGGUGCGAGUGCACGGCGAAUGCAAGGGAGACGAAGCACUGCGCCACCUCCAUCGAGUUCAUGGUCGACUUCGUCGUCUCAGCUCUGGCUGAAAGAAGAAGAAUAGGAAGAAGAAAAUAA